AUGAAAUCUGCUGUUCUACUGUUAUCCCUGGGUUGCGUUAUUGCUGCGAACCCUUUGUUAGCUCAUAACAGCAAUCAACAAGUGGUGCUAAAUGGACAAGCUUAUAAAGUCGAACACGAUGGUUUCAGUCUGGAUCUGAGCGAGAAGCGACUUGUUCAGAUGGAAGGACAGGAGCCCGUUUGGAUGACUGAGCUCGAGAAGAUUGAGGCGAAAGCGCAAGGUCUCAAGUUCUUCGAUAUCACCGAAACACAGGAUCUCGGUUCUUACGCUCAUUUAAGGCUUCAAGCUACAUCCGCAUACCCGCCCAUCAGUGCUGCAGAGCAGGUCACCAGAGUUAUCAAGACGCUUUCAACCGAAGGACCGAGAAAGAAUCUGGAGAAAUUUUCCAGCUAUCGCACAAGAUAUUAUCGCAGCGAUACCGGAAAACAAAGUCAGCAAUGGCUCUUUUCCAAGAUCAAGGAGAUUACCGUAGAAUCUGCAUCAUCCUCCCUUCAAACUCUUAUUACAAUUGACGAAUUCCCCCAUUCUUGGGCUCAGAACACUAUUAUUGUCCGAAUUAAUGGGUCCUCUGCCGACGAUGACCGACUUGUCAUAAUCGGAGCCCACCUAGAUAGCACUAACAUGUGGCCAUUCUUGCCUGCACCGGGUGCUGAUGAUGAUGGUUCUGGAAGUGUGACCAUCUUGGAGUCAUACCGUGCGCUGCUUGCCGCGGACUUCCGUCCCGUUCGACCAAUCGAGUUCCACUGGUAUUCCGCUGAGGAAGGAGGUCUUCUGGGUUCCCAACAAGUAGCAAAGGCCUACGAGGAUCGUAAUGUCGACGUUUAUGCAAUGAGCCAGUUUGAUAUGACGGCAUGGAUCAAGAAAGGUACAAGGGAGGAACUCGGCGUCAUCACCGACUAUACCAAUCCAGCUCUGACUGAAUUCAACAAGCAACUCGUGGAGAAAUACCUAGACAUUCCCUAUGUUUUGACAAAUGCUCCCUGGGGCAAGGCAGGAUACCCCAGCGUUUUCUCUAUCGAGGCUGCGUUUGAGAAUUCCAACCACAAGAAUAUUCAUAGUACGAAUGAUCGUAUUGACAUUUCAGAUGAGUUUAGCUUUUCUCACAUGCUUGAGUUCUCUAAAUUGGGAGUGGCCUUUGCGAUCGAACUUGCUGGCUGGACGAAGUCUGCUUAG